GACAAAUGAAGUCGAUGAUAUUUUUGUGAUUAGGAUUAAAGGCUUCCUUGCACAUUUGUAUUUGAAUUGUAAUAAAUUAAUACUUAUUAUCUGUUAAGUGAGAACAUAAUUGUAUUUUACGUGGAUAAUUAUGUCCGUCUAAUUAAUUUAUAGACUACAAGAUGUCCAAUGUUAUAAAGUUAACCAUUAAGCAGGUUAUACCUGUUACAAAGUGUUCUUAUCCAAUUUUAUCCAACUCGAUCUAUAAACAUGUACGAAAUUACAGUAGUAAAGCGACAACAAAUGCAGAUGAUAUUUUCAGUAAAUUUACGGAUUGGGAAACAUUAAGUAGAAAAAGAACUAUCAGCAAAGCUAUGAAGGCCUACUUAGAACGGGCUAGAGAACAUGAUGAAUUUAUGAAAAAACAGGAAGUCGAAUACAAAAUUGGUAAAAGACAUCUCGCUAAUAUGAUGGGAGAAGACCCAGAGACAUUUACACAGAAAGAUGUUGACAGAGCCAUUGAAUACUUAUUCCCAAGUGGCAUAUACGAUCCUGCUGCUCGUCCUUUGAUGAAACCACCUGAAGAAGUAUUUCCAGCCCGAAAAGCCGCGGAAUUUGAUGAAGCUGGUAGACCUCAUCACUUUCUGUUUUACACAGGAAAGCCUAAUUUUUUCAAAUUAUUGUAUGAUGCUGCUGAGCAUAUUGAAAACCUUAACAAGUUUGAAGAUAAAGUUAUAAGAAAAAAAGCUGUUCCUGACCAAAAUUCUAAACUGGACUUAGCUACAAGUCUUUGGGUUACUAAAGAUCAAUUAGAAGUAAUGUUGGUGGAGAAAAUUACUGACUUGGAAUAUGACAAUUUCAAAUUGGUCAUGGAACGACUUGUAUCACUACCAUAUGCCUACAAAUGUAUAGAUUUUAUUGAAAAAUUUAGAAAACCAUUGUCUACUCAGAAAUUUGCACUGGAAAUUCCUAAACCUAGUUUUGAUGAAGAGGGUCGUUCUUUUAUUACCACCUAUGAAUGUUUGAGAAAAAAGGCUAGAGGUGAUGUAACCAUUCGAUCACCAGGUACAGGCAAAAUAACUAUCAAUGGAAAAGAUAUCACCUACUUUGAAGAUACUCAAAGUAGAGAACAAGUUAUAUUUCCAUUAAUUUUUACUGGAAUGGAAAAUCGAGUCGAUGUUGAAUGUAAUAUUGAAGGAGGUGGACCAUCUGGCCAAGCUGGUGCAAUUCGUUGGGGAAUAGCAUGGGGUCUACGUAGUUUUGUUGAUCAACCAAUGCUUGAAUCAAUGCAAGUGGCAGGUUUGCUUACGAGGGAUCACAGAAGAAGGGAACGUAAGAAGCCUGGACAGCCUGGUGCUAGGAAGAAGCCUACAUGGAAGAGGCGUUAAGAUUACUUGUAAUGCCGGUUAUGAAAUUGUAGUUAAUAAAUAAAAUACAGAAUGAA